AAAGCAACGGCACCAGCAGGAGGAGGAGGAAGAGGGGGAGGAGGAGGGGAAGAGAUAAGUGAUCUGAAGGGGAGACGAUAGGACAAAAAAAAGUGAUGAUGAUGAAUACAUUGGAAAGUUUUUUGGCCCAGGCGAGGGUGUCAGAUUGAAUGGCCUGGUGCGCAUGUGCGAAGGUGUCCAAACUGACAAUGCUGGUGAGAUGAAGAUAGUGUUGUUGCUGCUUCUGGGCUCACGGAGGACGACGAGAGGAAUCUACAAGACGACAAGAUGAGGUCCAAGGCGAGGGCGAGAAAACUAGCCAAAAACGACCACGAGCCGGUGGACAGCAUCUACGACACAGAGGCCGACCUGCAGGGUCUAGCUUGCGGGGGUGUGGACAGUCCAGAAGACGAUGCCGACGACAGCGUCAUGAACAUGUCCCCGCUCCCCUCACCCACGCCCAUGCUCCCCAACAACAACAACAACCACCACCACCACCUGCUGCACCCCCACAUCUACGGCAGCCACCACCAUCACCACAACAGCAACAGCAGUAGCAAUGACCAGGACUUCAGCACGCCCAAGGAAGGCUCGCCGUACGAGGCGCCCGUCUACAUUCCCGACGACAUUCCAAUUCCUGGAGAACUGGAGCUGCGGGAGUCGUCUGUGCCCGGCGCCGGCCUGGGCGUAUGGGCCAAGGCUCGGAUCGCUGCCGGAGCGCGCUUCGGUCUGCACAGCUCACUCCAUCACGCAGCCACCGACAAAGACGGCUCCUUCGGAUGGGAGAUGAUGAACGACCACGAAGAUGGCUCCCCUGACAGCUGCAUCAAGAAGGUGGUGGACAAUAUGGGCAACGUCAAAUUCAGCCUGGACACAGGCCCGGAGGGCAGCAGCCAGAGCUGGCUCAAAUACAUCCGCUCGGCGCCGUCGUUCGAGGAGCAGAACCUGGCCGCCUGUCACCUGACCGGAGACCAGGUUUAUUAUAAAACAGUCCGGGACAUUGAGGCCGGAGAAGAGCUUUUAGUUUAUAUGAAGGACGGAAUAUUCCCAGAGGGAUCCAUGGCUCCGAACCUGCAAGAUGAGCAGAUGUACCGCUGCGAAGACUGUGACGAACUCUUCUCCACGACGCUGGAGCUACGGCGGCAUCAGAAGUAUUCCUGCUCCAGCGCCGGCUCCAUCUUCGACUCGCUGAGAGACGACUUCAAGCAGGAGCGCGAGGACAGCGACGAGCCCGUCCACGAGUGCAAAGACUGUGAGAAGAUCUUCCCCAACGAGUACAGUUUGAGUCAGCACAUGAUAGUCCACACAGAGGAGCGGGAGUACAAGUGCGACCAAUGCCCCAAAGCCUUCAACUGGAAGUCCAACCUCAUCCGACACCAGAUGUCACAUGACAGCGGCAAGCGCUUUGAGUGUGAGAACUGUGAUAAGGUACAGCAUACGCGUCACGUCUUCACGGAUCCCAGCAACCUACAGCGCCACAUCCGCUCCCAGCACGUGGGUGCGCGAGCUCACACGUGCCCGGAGUGCGGCAAGACGUUCGCCACGUCCUCAGGUCUCAAGCAGCAUAAGCACAUCCACAGCAGCGUCAAACCCUUUAUCUGCCCUGAUGGGCUGCGUCUCUCUGUUCCCCCAGGCGAGGUGUGCCACAAGUCCUACACACAGUUCUCCAACCUCUGCCGCCACAAGCGCAUGCACGCCGACUGCCGCACCCAGAUCAAAUGCAAGGACUGCGGCCAGUUGUUCAGCACUACCUCGUCCCUAAACAAGCACCGUCGCUUCUGCGAGGGCAAAAACCAUUACGGCUCCCCCGCGGGGAUGUUCAACCCCGGUAUUCCCAUGAGCUCCAGUCCCAUCAUGGCCAAGGCCAAAUCCCACCACCCCCACCUUUCUGGUCUUAACCAAUCCGGUUUAGGCUUCACUGACUACUUUCCGUCCAGACCUCAUCCCCACGCCGGACUGCCCUUCUCUGCCGGACCUCACGGCUUCCCGUCCCUGCCGCACGCUUUCCCCGGCAUCUUCCCCCCAUCUCUGUACCGGCCGCCACUGUUACCGGCCAAUCCUCUGAUGAAGAGUCCGCUGGGCAGCGGCAGUCAAGAGGUGAAGCUGCCUCGCAGCCCUAUCGACGCGCCCCCUCUGUCUCUGGUCAGCUCGUCCAACAGGAACGGGGGUGGCCGCCUGUGCGAGGACAAGGAACGAGAGAGCAACCUGGACCUGUCUUCGGGCGGGGAGGCCAAACCCAAAUCCAAGAUGGCAGACAUGUCCGACGGCAGUGACCUGGAAGACGUGAACACCACGAGCGGCACGGAUUUGGACACGACCACGGGUACCGCCUCCGGAGAUGGGACGGAUCUGGAGAGCGACGGCGAAAGCGAACGGGAGCGGAGCGGCAAGAGAAGGAAGCCGUCGGGUGCCGCGUCCUGUCAUGACAGGCAGCAUACGGAAGACGGCGCGUCGAUGUCGGCCGUGUCCGGUUCGGGAAGCCUCAACGUGGACCGUCCAUUCAUCUCUCAGGCUUCCACGCAGCACUCUUUCUUCCCGCCACCCGACGAGCAGGCCCUCCCGCCCACUUCCUCGAACGCCAGUGCGGCCACCACCGAUUCCAUCAAAGCGAUCGCUUCUAUCGCGGAGAAGUACUUUGGCCCAGGUUUGAUCGGACUCCAUCAGGAGAAGAAGAUGGGCCCGUUACCCUACCACUCUAUGUUCCCUUUCCCCUUCCUGCCCAAUUUCCACAACUCCCUGUAUCCAAUCGGCGCCGAUCGAGGAGCCCUCAACCCGAGCCUCAUCUUUAAGGCGGAGCCUAAAUCGCCACAUGAAAAUCUUCUGAAAAUUCCCGGCGCAGCGCCACCUUCAGGAGAUUCUCCGUUCGACCUCACCACCAAGCCCAAGGAGACAAAGUUAACGUCUCCCACUGCGGCGAACCCCCCGACCCAGAACAGCAACACCAGCACCAGCGGACCUUCAGCACUAUGCGCUGGUGAAGAACAGCCUCUAGACCUCAGCAUCAGCAGCCGCAGCAGAAGCAGCCAGAACGGCGUCGCCUCCGAGCCGUCGAGUCAAAAGAACAACGCCUACGGACCCAAAGUUGUGUCCGUCAAGGACGAAGUCACCGGCUUUCCGCAUCCUCAUAGCCAGUCCUUGCACCAGUCCCCGACUGCUCUCCACCAGCAGCCGCAACCUCAGCCGCACCAACCUCCGCCUCUGCACUACGCCAAGCCCUCCGCGUUCUUCAUGGACCCCAUAUACAGCAGGGUGGAGAAGAGGAAGCUACUUGACCCUGUAGGAGCUCUGAAGGAGAAGUUCCUCAGACCUUCGCCGCCACUAUUCCAUCCACAGGUGUCCGCCAUGGAGAACAUGACGGAGAAGCUGGAGAGCUUCGGCGCCCUGAAACUGGACGUGCCGCCCAACUCGCUGCAACACUCUCACCCGCUGUUCAACUUCCGCUCACCUCCACCUUCACUCUCAGACGCCAUCCUUCGCAAGGGCAAGGAGCGAUACGCCUGCAGGUAUUGUGGCAAAAUCUUCCCUCGGUCCGCCAACCUCACCAGACACUUGAGGACGCACACGGGCGAGCAGCCGUACAGGUGUAAGUACUGCGACCGCUCGUUCAGCAUCUCUUCCAACCUUCAACGCCACGUCCGCAACAUCCACAACAAGGAGAAGCCCUUCAAGUGUCACCUGUGCAACCGCUGCUUCGGCCAGCAGACCAACCUGGACCGCCACCUCAAGAAGCACGAGCACGAGAACAUUCCCGUGAGCCAGCAGUCUGGGAUCCUGUCCAACCUGGGAACCACCAUCUCCUCUCCCAACUCCGAGCCAGACAAUCACGCAAUUCUAGACGAGAAGGAGGACUCGUACUUCUCAGAAAUCCGCAACUUCAUCUCCAACAGUGAGAUAAACCAGGCCUCCAGCUCCACGGACAAGAGGUGCGACCAGGUGGACGAGGACCAUCAGGCCGGCCACAGUCUGUCCAACUCCAAGCUGAGGCUGCAGGGGCUGGAGGAGGAGGAGGAGGAGGCCGAGGGGGACGACGAGGAGGAGGAGGAAGGCAGCCUGACCGAGAAGUCUCACGACGAGGCGCCCGAGUCUCCGUCCCCUGUGACCGCCGGCGUGUUCGAGGAGGAAGAGGAGGAGGACGCUGAGGCUGCACCCGUGUCCAUGAGCUACGACCACACACGCAGGUGUUUAGAGGAGGACGGGUCGCUGUUGGACCUGGAGGGUCUCCCCAGCUUCCCCAAGGGUCUGGAGGGGCUUCGGAAAGCCGCCGGCGAAGAGCAAGCGUUUGACGUGAAAGACAUCUUUCACUCCUCGCUCGAGUCGGAGAGUUUGAAAGAGACUUUGUACAGGCAGGCUAAGACCCAGGCUUAUGCAAUGAUGCUGUCUCUGUCUGAGAACAAUCCUUUGCACGUGCCCUCCCAGAACUCUCUGGACGCUUGGCUGAGUUUGGGAGGAGGACCGUCCGAGACCAACAGCUUUCACCCACUCAACCACAUCUAGAAGACACAGAGAGAGGAAGGACCUGCCAGGACGGACGUUUAGGUAGACGGACGAAGACGCUCGCGCCGUCGCCUCAAGAGAAAGCACUGCGAAGCUCCCGCCGAUGUGAAGGACACCACUUCUCAGCGAAGGUCCGGCUCCGACAGAGACUCCUCAUGACUAGAAGGUCACUAAAGGUCGCGCGCUCAAAGCACUGCAGUAGCACCACACGCCCACACGGCGGUGCCGUUUCCCCCCCGACGACCACGGGCGACCUGUCGAAUCACAGCGAUAAAUGUUACUUGAGCAAACGACGGACGUUUUUUUUUUUGUUUCCCUUUGUUGUGUAAAGAGGCUAUAGAGAUCAAGAGGCAGGGCUCUGUGGACUGGAGCCGAGGAAGAGUCUCUCUCUGCUUGCUCAUUUCAUCGUUUCCUCUCGGACACCACAGUAUUGUUUGUUUUGUCGGCACCGUGGUGCUAAAUUAUUAAUAUUAUAAUUAUUUUAGAGAAGGACCAAACCUGUAUGAUAUCGUCGCGCCAUGUACAAAAUAACCUAGAUGUCGAUUGCGAGAGUGACACGUGCCAAAAUAACACCUAGAUCUUUUCGUUCUCUGACAAUCAUUUCACUUCAUGUUCCUUUAACUUUCGCUCUCAUAUGUUUGAUUUCAGUGUGUGCGCUUGUAUUUAUUUGUAGUUUUUGAUUUCGGAGCAUCGAUUCCGUCCUGGAGGAAGCCGGCCGGACGCAGACAGAGAUUCUGAAUCUCGCCGUGUGCCAAAAGAAAGUUGUUAUUUAUAGCUGUAGUUUGUGUUUGUUUGAACUGCGUUUUGGUUAAAACAAGGAUGUCAUCCGGCGACAAACUUUUGAAGAAGAGCGUUCACAAGUCACGUCUGUUCCUGGGAUCAACUCACAUGUCUGUAAGAUAAGGCGAGUCACGUUACUGUAGAUAGGUGUAGAUAUCAGGCCGGGGCGCCGCAGCCUUCCUCGACCUUCAGGCUGGACCUCGUGUUCGCAAACAAGCACUUAAAAACCACGUGGGACCGAGUCCGGUCUCCAACACAUCGAAGAUGAGAACAGAAGCACUGGGAGUUUGACGCCGUUUUUUCCUAACAAAUCUACUGAGAGUCUCGCGGUUCCGACGUGAAGGUCACGUAGUGUGUCACGGACUACUGUAACGAACGCGCUGUGUCAGCAAAGAACAUUUUGCCACUUUUGCGAAGUUUCUCUCCCUCAUUGCCCCACCCUCUCGUUGUUGAAGGAGAAUGUUGAAAAAAAGUCUGUAUCUUUUCAGCUGUAUAGUAUUUUGAAGAACGGCAACGGUGCAUUUGUCUGAAGAAGAAACGCGGGGUUUCACUAGAUGGUGCUUGUUUUGUUUGAGUUGUAUAUCGCCUCUGUUAGCUUAGUGGAAAACCAACAAAAAAAAAGAUGUUGUGCAUGACGUGUGUAGAGUCAUAAUGAUGUCCAUUUGUGAAACGUGUAUCGAUGAAAAAAAAGAGAAAAAAAAACAACACAAAUCCGUAGAUGCACUUAUGUGGUUAGGUUCGUAGGUUUCAAGUCCUCUGGCGGCGCCAAGCCGGAGACGUCACGUUAAUUAAAAAAAAAAAAAAAAGAAUUGUAGAAUAAUAUUGAACAAUUCUGAAAAUUUCUUUUGACGCUUGUGAUGAUUGAAGAUGUACUUUAGAGAAAAUCUCCUGGAAACAAUGUUAAUUCUGUAGAAUAGCCAUGUAUACCAAAUGUAAUCUUUCCAAUGCUAUGAAGAAUUUAUACAUGAAAAUUGAUAUGCAAUAAAAACCUGUGUGCUUUUUAAA